CACCGCACACGGCCUCCAGCACUGACCAGCGGACAACAUGGCUUCCAAGGUGAUAGUUUUCGUGGCGGCUCUGUCGCUGGCCCAUGCCGGUUACCUGGGCGCACCUGCAGUCCUCGCCCCCGCCGCCCCCAUCGCUAGGGCCUACGCCCCCGCCAUCGCCGCCGCCCCCAUCGCAAGGGCAUAUGCCCCAGCUAUUGCUGCCGCCCCUCUCGCCAGAGCUUACGCCCCAGCGAUCGCCGCCGCCCCCGCCAUCCGCGCCGCCCCCGUGGCCGUGGCCGCCGCCGCCCCCGCCGCCGUCGCUGCCGAGUACGACCCGCACCCAGAGUACAGCUUCGCCUACAACGUCCAGGACGCGCUGACGGGCGACUCCAAGAGCCAGCACGAGAGCCGCAGCGGGGACGUCGUCCAGGGCAGCUACAGCCUGGCCGAGCCCGACGGCUCCAUCCGCACCGUCGACUACACAGCCGACCCCGUCAACGGCUUCAACGCCGUCGUGCACAAGGAGGCCGGCGCCCACCCCGCCGUUGCCGCCGCCCCCGCCCGUGUGGCCGUCGCCGCCCCCGCCAUCGCCGCGGCCCCGGCGAUCGCUGCCGCCCCCGCCAUCGCCGCCGCCCCAGCGCUGGCUUACGGUGCCGGCCUCGGCUACGGUUAUGCUAGAGCAGCCUACGCUGCCCCAGCCAUUGCCGCCGCCCCCAUUGCUAGGGCAGCCUACGCCGCCCCCGCCAUCGCUGCUGCCCCCGUCGCCAGAGUCGCCUACGCCGCCCCCAUUGCUAGGGCUGCCAUUGCUGGGCCCGCACUGGCGUAUGGAGGAUACGGAUAUGGCGGAUUGGGAUACGGCAAGGCUAUUCUUGGUGUGAUAAUUUUCGUGGCGGCUCUGUCGCUGGCCCAUGCCGGUUACCUGGGCGCACCUGCAGUCCUCGCGCCCGCCGCCCCCAUCGCUAGGGCUUACGCCCCCGCCAUCGCCGCCGCCCCCAUCGCAAGGGCAUAUGCCCCGGCCAUCGCUGCCGCCCCAAUCGCCAGAGCUUACGCCCCAGCGAUCGCCGCCGCCCCCGCCAUCCGCGCCGCCCCCGUGGCCGUGGCCGCCGCCGCCCCCGCCGCCGUCGCUGCCGAGUACGACCCGCACCCAGAGUACAGCUUCGCCUACAACGUCCAGGACGCGCUGACGGGCGACUCCAAGAGCCAGCACGAGAGCCGCAGCGGUGACGUCGUCCAGGGCAGCUACAGCCUGGCCGAGCCCGACGGCUCCAUCCGCACCGUCGACUACACCGCCGACCCCGUCAACGGCUUCAACGCCGUCGUGCACAAGGAGGCCGGCGCCCACCCCGCCGUUGCCGCCGCCCCCGCCCGUGUGGCCGUCGCCGCCCCCGCCAUCGCCGCGGCCCCGGCGAUCGCUGCCGCCCCCGCCAUCGCCGCCGCCCCAGCGCUGGCGUACGGUGCCGGCCUCGGCUACGGUUAUGCGAGAGCAGCCUACGCUGCCCCAGCCAUUGCCGCCGCCCCCAUUGCUAGGGCAGCCUACGCCGCCCCCGCCAUCGCUGCUGCCCCCGUCGCCAGAGUCGCCUACGCCGCCCCCAUUGCUAGGGCUGCCAUUGCUGGGCCCGCACUGGCGUAUGGAGGAUACGGAUAUGGCGGAUUGGGAUACGGCAAGGCUAUUCUUGGUUAAACCCCUUUGUACAAACUAUUCAUUCCGUUUUCGUGAAUGUUUCUAUUAUCAUACACUUCCUGUGUUACAAACUCUUCUAUGUAAAUAAAUCGCUGUUCACUGUAA